GAAGCACUCAUUUGCAAAUCCAAUCUGCUGUAUCUCCAUGAUUUGAACCAUGAAAAUGUCUUCUGUGUUGUCUCUACUGCUCAUUAAGAUUUUAUUCACUCUGACACCGCAGCUGUCUUCCUGUGAUCAAUAUAAGAAAGGAACUCCAAUUGAAGAUUCAACAUUGGUCAAUGCUUUGACAACUGGCCAACUACUAGCUCAGCUGGGGAAAAAGAAAGUCCAACAAUUAAACGCUCUAGGAAAUGGCGACGUUGAAGACUCGGCACUGAUCAAGAACACGAUUGAAACAUCAGUAUUGUUGGUCACAUUUGGGAAACAAGUAAUUAAAGAACUCAGAAGUCUCUCAGAAGACCAAGGACAGAGUUCGGUAUUUAGUGGGGAGAUGAACCCAAAUCCAACAAACAUUAACUCACAAUCUUUUCAAACUCCUCCGCCACCUAUUAAUCCUAUUAUUGAUGCAACCUCAAUAAACCAUAACAAUCAAGCCACAAAUCCAACCCAACCAUCCAAUCGACCUCCCUCAAAUACUCUUACUUUUACUCAAAGUUUAGUUACAGAUGAAUUAUCUCACCAUCCUAAUGUGCAACAAGUUCCACUAGUAUUACAAAAUCUACAACUUAUCAAUGUAACACCUCCUAGUAUUACUAAGCCACCUUACAAAGGAACUUUUAAUCCUUUGGCUAUAGCAUUACAAAAUAAAGCAAAGUCUAUAUAAACAGAAUGUUGAAGAGUGUGCCAAGGACGUAUACAAAAAUUUAUACAAA